AUGAAGCAAAAAAAUCUGUCUAAUAUGAAAAGGCGAGCAGCGGACACCCUUGAGAAACCAAGGCAGUUGAUUCAAGGAUCGACAAGAAGGAUAAAUUUGGAAGUAUCAGUCCAUUUGCCAUCGUACAAUGCAUCUCAGAGAACUGUUGAGCGUAUUCGGCAAAGGCGUGAAGUGUCGUGCCCAAACCCAGGCUCUGUUGCCGAUAUUAAUAUUCCUGUUGCACUACAAGUCACUUCAAGAAAUCUAAAUUUCUUGUUAUGGGAUUCCGGACAGAAUGAUCCUCAUCGCAUCUUCAUGUUUGGUACUGAAGAAAAUUUGGAAGUUUUAGAGGAGCACCGGCACUGGCACGUAGAUGGAACCUUUAAAGUAGCCCCACAAUUAUUUUUACAAGUAUUUACCAUUCAUGCAUUGGUAGAUAACCGUUCUAUUCCGUUGAUUUACGUGCUUCUACAGGAUAAACGAGAAGAAACAUAUGUUCGAGUGUUUCAAAAAUUGAUGGAGUUGAAACCCACUUUAAAUCCAAUAAGCUGCUUAUCCGACUUCGAGAAAGCGAUCCAAAAUGCAGUUUGCCAGGUAUUUCAUGGUGUUCAGGUGAUGGGUUGUUUAUUCCACUUAGGGCAGUGUUUAUGGAGGAAAAUCCAAGAGCUACAUCUUGUAGAAGAAUAUCGCAAUGACGAAAAUGUGAGAAUGCAUUUGAAAAUGUUACUAGCGUUAUCUUUUGUCCAAGAGGGCGACGUAAUCACUGCUUUUGAGGAGCUAACCGAAAGCUGUCCACGAGAAAUUGAUGCAGUCAUCGAUUACUGGGAAGAUAUUUAUAUAGGACGGCAAAGAAGAAAUCGGAGAGCAGAUCCAAAAUUUCCUAUUCAUGUAUGGAAUGUUCAUGAUAGAGUGCACCAGGGCCUUCCGCGUACAAACAACUCUGUAGAAGGAUGGCAUCAUGCUUUCCAACACACCGUUGACUGUCACCAUCCAUGUAUUUUCAAAUUAAUAGACCACUUCAGGAAGGACCGGACAAGACCGGGUAGAAAUAGAGUUGGAACGUUUUCGAGCCGGCUUCAGAAAUCCCGAAGCUUCCAAAAAGAAGUAUGUGCAACUUAA